UCAAAAUUGGGUGUUUGCUUAUUCAGGAGAUACAUGGCUUUAUGAUAAUCACCUACUAACUAUUGCUUAAUUUCAGCUACCCUCUAUGAGGCCAGAGAAAGAGUUAGGAAAACUACUUUGAGGUCGUAUCAGUCUCCCUGACCCUUCCCCCACAUGUCGGGAUGGAGAACCUGAAACAACCAGUCCCUGUAGGAGCAAUGGGCCACUGGGACAGGUGGGGGAGGGGAGGGCAGUGCCAGCCAAUCAGAAGGAUGAUCGGUGAGCAUGAAACAAUGAGCUGCUGAUGAGGGUGUGGCCUGGAAAACGGCUUUUAGACAAAACUGUCAUUUUAUGGGCCAUACACGGACAUGGCGCUUCUGCUGUCUUCAGAAUAAUGUCACCCAGGCCCCUUUUCUGUUUUCUGCCCUCCUGAAAGAUCUGAUACCUGAUCUAGGCUCUGGUUUCCCUCAGCCUUGGAGAAAAAGGAGGAGAAAGAAAAGAUGAGAGACCAAAAGGGAGGGAGAGAGGAAGAUGAACCAUGAGGACAGAAGGACAAGGAGCAUAGACUGACUGAAUAUGCCACUGGCCCCUCUUCAACAGGACUCGUAUGCUGAGGGCUCAUCCCUUCACGAAAACGCAUGGACUCAUUCAGCUACCCUCUUUCACUCCAUUCCAUUUGUAAUGGUGCUCAUAUGUGUCAUAGCUGUUGAGGGUUGAAGGCCCAGCAUAUGAAGCAUUCUCUGUAUAGAAAAGUGGCCCUUUUCAAGUGUGACUCAACACUUCAGGCAUUAUCACCACUCAGUCACUUAAAUAAGUAGUCCACAGUUUAGAGCAAAGCAAGUGGAGAAGAAGAAAUAGGAAAGUAGGUAAAUGAAUAUAAGUCAGAUUUCCUGCAUUCUCAGCUUUCCUUUAUAGAAGGUCUAUUUGGGGACUGUUUGCUGUCACCAUAAAUUCCUGAACAUUUGCCUUGAGCAUGAACACUCGAAGAAAAGAAUCACAGGACCGGGCCAUCGUCAGAAUAGCAGCGCAUUUACCGGACCUCAUUGUCUAUGGAGACUUCUCGCCAGAGCGACCGUCUGUGGACUAUUUUGAUGGAGUCCUGAUGUUUGUUGAUAUUUCAGGUUUUACUGCAAUGACUGAGAAGUUCAGCACAGCCAUGUACAUGGACCGAGGGGCUGAGCAGUUGGUGGAGAUCCUCAACCACUACAUCAGUGCAAUAGUGGAGAAAGUGUUGAUUUUUGGAGGAGACAUCUUAAAAUUUGCAGAUGAAACAGAUGGAUUCCCAGGGCCACUCAGAAGCCCUCCGGUGUGUCUGUCCCUUCAAGGUGAUGCGCUGCUAGCCCUGUGGAAGGUGGAGCGAAAGCAACUGAAAAACAUCAUCACGGUCGUAAUUAAAUGUAGCCUGGAGAUCCAUGGAUUGUUUGAGACGCAGGAGUCUGAAGAAGGCCUGGAUAUCCGAGUCAAGAUUGCCCUGGCUGCCGGCCACAUCACCAUGUUGGUCUUUGGGGAUGAAACACGCAGCUUCUUUCUGGUGAUUGGGCAGGUGGUGGAUGACGUGCGCCUUGCGCAGAACAUGGCGCAGAUGAACGAUGUCAUUCUGUCACCAAACUGCUGGCAGCUCUGUGACCGGAGCAUGAUCGAAAUUGAGAGGAUUCCAGAUCAGAGAGCUGUUAAGGUUAAUUUCUUAAAACCACCUUCUACUUUUAACUUUGAUGAAUUUUUCACAAAGUGUAUGACUUUCAUGAAUUAUUACCCUUCUGGUGACCACAAAAACCUCCUGAGGCUUGCGUGCAUGCUGGAGUCUGACCCUGAGCUGGAGUUGUCCCUACAAAAGUAUGUGAUGGAAAGCAUACUGAAGCAGAUUGAUGACAAACAGCUUCGGGGUUACUUGUCCGAGCUUCGCCCAGUGACAAUUGUGUUUGUGAACCUGAUGUUUAAGGACCAAGAUAAAGCAGAAGUCAUCGGCUCGGCCAUCCAGGAUGCCUGUGUGCACAUCAAUUCCGUCCUGAGGGUCUUCCGAGGCCAAAUCAAUAAAGUCUUCAUGUUUGACAAGGGCUGCUCCUUUCUCUGUGUCUUUGGUUUCCCUGGGGAAAAGGCUCCUGAUGAGGUCAGUCAUGCCUUGGAGAGUGCUGUGGAUAUAUUUGACUUCUGCUCUCAGGUUCACAAAAUCCAUACUGUCUCCAUCGGCGUGGCCAGCGGGAUUGUCUUCUGUGGAAUCGUCGGGCACUCCGUGAGACAUGAGUACACAGUAAUUGGUCAAAAAGUCAACAUAGCUGCCAGGAUGAUGAUGUACUACCCAGGGAUCGUGACGUGUGACUCUGUCACCUACAGUGGCAGCAACCUACCAGCCUACUUUUUCAAAGAGCUUCCAAAGAAGGUCAUGAAGGGUGUUGCAGAUUCUGGACCCGUCUAUCAGUGUUUGGGACUUAAUGAGAAAGUCAUGUUUGGUAUGGCAUACCUCAUCUGCAACAGAAAUGAGGGCUACCCUUUGCUGGGACGUGAUAAGGAGAUCAAAUACUUCAUGUGUACUAUGAAGGAAUUUUUGGUGUCCAACUGCAGCCGAGUCCUAAUGUACGAAGGAUUGUCAGGAUAUGGAAAAAGCCAGAUACUCAGGGAAAUUGAGUAUCUGGCCCAAGGUGAGAACCACAGGACUAUUGCUAUCGCUUUGACUAAGAUCAGCUUCCAUCAGAAUUUCUAUACCAUCCAGAUACUCAUGGCCAAUGUGCUAGGUCUGGAUACUUGUAAACAUUAUAAAGAACGACAGACCAACCUUCAAAAUAAAGUCAAGACUCUGUUGGUUGAGAAGUUCCACUGUCUCCUGAAUGACAUCUUCCAUGUCCAGUUCCCUAUUUCACGAGAGGUUUCCAAGAUGACCACCUUAAAAAAGCAAAAGCAGUUGGAAGCAUUGUUUAUGAAGAUCUUGGAGCAAACAGUGAAAGAGGAAAGGAUUAUUUUCAUCAUCGAUGAGGGCCAGUUUAUUGACUCAGCCUCCUGGGCCUUUAUGGAGAAGCUUAUCCGGACGGUUCCUAUCUUCAUCAUCAUGUCCCUGUCUCCUUUCAUUGACUUACCCUGCGCAGCGGCCAGUGCCAUAAUGAAGAACAGGGACACCACCUAUGUGACCCUUGGAGCCGUGCAGCCGAAGGACAUCCGCAACAAGGUCUGCCUAGACCUCAAUGUCAGGGGCAUCUCCAAAGAACUGGACACGUACCUGGUGGAGGGAAGCUGUGGGAUUCCGUUUUACUGUGAAGAAUUGCUAAAAAACCUUGACCAUCACAGGGUACUCGUUUUCCAACCGAUGGAGUCUGAGGAAAAGACCAAUAUGACCUGGAAUAACCUGUUCAAGAAUUUUAGUAGGCCAACCGAUGAAUUAAAAAUAUUCACUAAUGACGAGGAGGGAUGUGAAGAAGUCUGUAACCUCGCCAGUGGUGUCAGAUUGAAAAACUUGUCACCGCCAGCAUCAUUAAAAGAAAUCUCUCUGGUUCAGCUGGAUAGCAUGAGCCUUUCCCACCAGAUGUUGGUGAGAUGUGCUGCCAUCAUCGGCCUGACCUUCACCACGGAGUUGUUGUUCGAGGUGCUGCCUUGUUGGAACAUGAAGAUGAUGAUCAAGGCCCUGGCGACUCUGGUGGAAUCCAACGUCUUUUAUUGUUUCCGGAAUGGCAAGGAGCUCCGGACGGCCCUAAAACAGAAUGCGGCCUCAUUUGAGGUCAAUUAUCGCUCACUGUCUCUGAAGCCCAGUGAAGGAAUGGCUAAUGGCAAGGAGGAAGAGCUCCAUGAGCUGGAAAGUGAGGUCAUCGAGUGCCACAUCAUUCGAUUUUGCAGGCCUAUAAUGCAGAAGACAGCCUAUGAACUGUGGCUGAAGGAUGAAAAGAAAGCCAUGCACUUGAAAUGUGCGCGCUUUUUAGAGGAAAAUGCCCACAGAUGUGACCAUUGCCAAAGUGGGGACUUCAUCCCCUACCACCACUUCACAGUGAAUAUUCGCCUCAACAGUUUGGACAUGGAUACCAUCAAGAAGAUGGCUAAGUCCCACGGAUUUAAAACUGAAGAAGAGAUCACCUUUUCCAAAAUAGAGAUUCCUAAGAAAUCGGAGUUAUUUCCUGAAAAUCUCAGUCCUGAAGAAAUACGAGAAAAGAUCUUGAGUUUCUUUGACAUCGUUAUAACAAAAAUGAGGACGUCUGAGGAAGACAUCAUUCCUCUGGAAUCUUGCCAGUGUGAGGAGAUCGUAGAGAUGGUCAUCAUGCCUCUGGCCCACCAUUUUCUCGCUUUGGGAGAAAACAACAAAGCCUUGUAUUACUUCCUAGAAAUUACAUCUGCUUAUCUCAUCUUGGGGGAUAAUUACAUGGCAUACAUAUACUUGAACGAGGGAGAGAGGUUGCUGAAAAUGCUCAAGGACGACAAAUCCUGGAGUCACACUUUUGAGUCCGCUACGUUUUACAGCCUCAAAGGCCAGGUCUGCUUCAACAUGGGCCAGAUGGUGCUUGCCAAGAAGAUGCUGCGGAAGGCACUCAAGCUCCUCAACCGCGCCUUCCCCUACAACUUAAUCUCCCUGUUGAUUCACACGCAUGUUGAGAAAAACAGGCACUUUUACUAUGCGAAUCAGCAGGGCCAAGAGAGCUCGCCUCCAGGGAAGAGGAGGCUGGCGCAACUGUACCGGCAAACUGCCUGCUUCUCCUUGCUGUGGCAAAUCUAUAGCUCGAAUUAUUUUUUCCACUACAAGUAUUACAGCCACCUGGCAGCUAUGAUGCAAGUGAACACGGCCCUGGAAACUCAAGAUGAUUUUCAGAUCAUCAGGGCCUAUCUGGACUAUUCACUGCACCACCAGCUGGCCGGGCACCAGGGCGUGUGGUUCAAACACGAAAUCAUGGCCAUGGAACGGAUCUUCAACCUUCCCCUAAAAGGUGUGGGCAUUGAAAUCGUGUCCUAUGUGGCUGAUACACUGGGCUACACCAAGCUUUUAAUGGGUCACUUGGACUUGGCCAUUGACUUAGGCUCUCGAGCCCACAAGAUGUGGGCACUGCUCCGGGAUCCCAACAGACACUACAUGGUCCUCUGCUGGCUUAGUAAAUCUCUCUUCUUGAAAAACAGAAACAAGCAAUUGAUCCAGGUGCUGGGGUGGCUGUGGGAGCUUUCUAUAACAGAAGAGCACAUCUUCAGCAAGGCCUUCUUCUAUUUUGUCUGCCUGGACAUCAUGCUUUAUGCUGGCUUUGUUUAUAAGACAUUUGAAGAAUGUUUGGAAUUCAUAUACCAAAACGAAGACAACAGAAUCCUCAAAUUCCAAAGUGGCAUCCUCCUGGGGCUCUAUUCCUGUGUAGCUAUCUGGUAUGCCAGGCUUCAGGAAUGGGACAACUUCCACAUAUUUUCCAGCAGAGCUAAAAACCUAGUGCCCAGAAGAACACCGACAGCUCUCUACUAUGAAGGAAUCUGUAGGUACAUGGAGGGGGAAGUUCUCUACCUUCAAAAGCAGAUCGAGGGCCAAUCUGAGAAUGCUCAAGACAGCGGAGUCGAGCUGCUCAAGAACUUGGAGAGUCUGGUGGCUCAGAAUACCACCGGCCCUGUCUUCUACCCGAGGCUCUACCACCUGAUGGCCUAUGUCUGUAUACUAAUGGGAGACGGACAGAACUGUGAGCUCUUCCUGAACACAGCCUUACAGCUCUCUGAGACACAGGGGAACGUGCUGGAGAAAUGCUGGCUGAACAUGAGCAAAGAACGGUGGUACUCAAGCUCCGAGUUAACAGAAGACCCAUGGCUUCAAACAAUCUCGAGGCUUCCGUCAUGGGAAAAAAUUAUAUCUGGCAAGGUAAACAUGCAGGAUAUUCAAAAAAACAAAUUCCUGAUGAGAGUAAAUAUCCUGGACAAUCCUUUCUAACAUUUCAUGCAAGAGGACAAAGAUUUCAGUAAGACUCCUCCUCUUGCGAUUACCCAUCAUUACCCUUUCUCUGCAGCCGGCACCCACCCCCCCCAGGUUCCCGCAUAUUCUCUUUCAUUCCAGACACAGAACCAGACACGCUGGUUUCUUCCCUCUCUUUCUGGAGGGUCAGAAAGGGUCGGCGGGCUCAUGUUUACUGUCUCCCCGCUUCACACAAACUGCCUUUGCCUCUCAUUUUCAACUUGACCUGUUCAUUUCGGCCCAUGCAAAAAUGUGUGUCCUGUGGAAGAA